AUGAAGACGUCAACAAUCGCCUGCGCGGCCAUGCUGGUUGCAUCGAGAGUCUGUGGCGCACUCGAUCCGCCCACGCUCGUCGUCCGUGACGAAAUGGGCACGUUAGCCGGCCGCCAGACGUCAAAGGCCAAACAGGAGCCCUCGACCUUUCCACUACCGAACUCGCCCACCCCCCAUGGGUGCUACAAAUCGGGAGGUAACAUGACCACUCACACUGUUGAAAACAUGUCAUCGGGGUCCUGCAACGAAGUCUGCAAGAAAGGCAAGUUCCCAGUUUCGGGAUUACAAGGCCCGCAGUGCUAUUGCGGCUUUGUCUAUCCGCCCGCGUCCGAUGUUGUCGAGGACGGGAACUGCAACUACCCGUGCCCUUCCUACCCCUUGGAGGCCUGUGGUGGACUCGGCAACCCCGGCCAUUGGUCCGUCUACAACACCGGUGUCACAGUCAACGUCGGAGACUACGAGCCGGCCUCUUCGUCUUCCUCGAGCUCGUCGUCCGAUCCCACCCGCUCAUCGACGACCGACUCGGAUUCUACGGCACCAGCUAUUGUCACUCAAACCCGAACCGCGAGGCCGUCAGCUGCCGGUGACGAAGUCAAGAGCGGCCCCAACACAGCUCCCAUCGUUGCGGGCUCAGUCGCUGGUGUGGUCGCUGCUGCCUUGUUAAUCGGCGGCAUCUUCUUCUUCAUUCGGCGGAGACGUAACUCGGAGAUAGAGGAGGAACACCGCCGGAAUGCUGCAGUCAACGCCUUCAUCAACGGGUCCAAGCCGCCCGGCAGCAGUGGAAGCAUGUCCAUGACUGAUUCGCGUCUGGAUCCCGUUCUGGCCCACCGCCGAAUGAGUGACGGCAGCAUCGCAGACAAUGAAGAUUACUCGCGCAGGAUCCUUCGGGUCACCAAUGCAUGA